CCCGACCGACAACCAGACUCCAAACAAGGCGACUGUACAGUACGCUUCCAAAUUCUGUCCAAAGUGUAUUCCCUUCUGGCGGAUCCGGAAAAACGUAUAAUCUACGAUGAGACAGGUGCCGUUGACGAUGAAGAUACGUUCGGGGACAAAACAUACGAGGAUUGGGUUCAGUAUUGGAGACAACUUUUCCCCCCAAUCACAACGAAUGAUAUCGACAAUUUUUUUGCAAAAUAUCGAAACAGCGAGGAAGAAUUAAACGAUUUGGUCAAUGUGUAUGAACGUUCCAAAGGAGAUAUGGAUGUAAUUAUGGAACGAAUGAUUCUCGCAUCGCACGAGGAGGAAGAACGUAUUUGUGGUCUAGUUAAUCAGCUGAUCAAGGACGGUAGAGUACAAGCGUAUGACGCAUUUGUGAAUGAGGAUCCCAAGAAAACCGCACGGAGAAAUAAACGGGCGGCAAACGAGAAGAAAAUGUAUGAGGCUGAAAAAAAGAAACAGAGAAAAUCCGUAAGCUCAUCUGGAGAAAACGAGGCCGCUGGUAUGGAAUCACUGAUGUUAGCCCUAAGAGCGAACCGAGAGAAACAGGCUUCCAAUUUCGACAACUUAAUGGAUAGACUGUCCGAGAAAUAUUGCAAGCCUUCAAAGUCUGCCAAGGGAAAACAAUCAACAAAACGUUCCAGAAAAUGA